AUGAAACUACAAACUGCUUUGCCAGUGGCCAUGGCCGCUGCUGUUGGGUCGGCUUUGGUGCUGCCCGAGGUUGAGGAAGCCUCCCACGAAAUUGCUGUCCGCGUCAAGAAUGCCUUGCACGCAGGAGAGUCCGUUGUAGAGUCAUUUGCUAAGGAAAUCACUCAUACUGCUGCUUCCAAGGGUGAGCCUCUGAAAUUGGCGCCUCUCGUAGGGGCGCGUGAGAUGGCCCUUGUCAUUCCUCACCGCUACAUCGUGGUGUUCAAGAAGGACGUUACCGCACAAGAGGCGGACUUUCACCGCGAAAUCAUAUCUGAGGCGCACGCCCAAACGGUCGCAAAGCUUUCCCUUUCGGACGCAUUUUUUGCUGCCACCACAGGCGCCGAAGGCCCUGAAGCGGAGGAAGGGUUCCGUGCCCUUUCUCCCGAAGGAGGUAUUCACGACACCUUCGAAGUCGACGGCUUGUUGAAGGGUUACAUUGGCUAUUUCACCUCGGAGAUUGUGGAUUUCAUUCGUAUGAACCCUCUUGUUGACUUCGUUGAACAAGACUCCAUGGUGUACGCCCAAGAAUUCGACACCCAAAACGGCGCACCAUGGGGGUUGUCGCGUAUUUCGCAUCGUGAGAAGUUGAACCUUGGUUCAUUCAACAAGUAUCUUUACGAUGAUGCAGCUGGUAAGGGUGUGACUUCCUAUGUUAUCGACACCGGUAUCAAUGUCGACCACAAGGACUUUGAGGGCAGAGCCGUUUGGGGUAAAACGGUGCCAACCAACGAUCUAGACCAAGAUGGUAACGGUCACGGCACCCACUGUGCCGGAACUAUCGCCUCUAAGCACUAUGGUGUUGCCAAAAACGCUGAGGUUGUUGCCGUCAAGGUUUUGAGAUCCAACGGAUCCGGUUCAAUGUCGGACGUGGUCAAGGGCGUUGAGUUUGCUGCCAAAUCUCAUCAAGAUGCUGUCAAGAGCAACAAGAAGGGAUUUAAAGGCUCCACUGCCAAUAUGUCGUUAGGGGGUGGCAAAUCACCUGCCCUUGACUUGGCUGUUAACGCCGCAGUCAAGGCUGGUCUGCAUUUUGCUGUCGCCGCCGGAAACGAAAAUCAAGAUGCCUGUAACACUUCCCCAGCCUCUGCUGAAAAUGCCAUCACUGUUGGUGCCUCCACUUUGGCCGACGACAGGGCUUAUUUCUCCAACUGGGGUAAAUGUGUCGACAUUUUUGCUCCUGGAUUGAAUGUCUUGUCGACCUACAUCGGUUCUGAAUCUGCUACGGCCACUCUAUCCGGUACAUCCAUGGCCUCUCCACACGUUGCUGGUCUUUUGACAUAUUUCUUGUCGUUACAACCGGACUCUGACAGCGAGUAUUACCACGCUGCCGGUGGUAUUACUCCUGCCCAGCUCAAGAAAAAGUUGAUUUCAUACAGUACUAAGAAUGUUCUAGGUGACCUACCGGAGGAUACACCUAACUACCUCAUUUACAAUGGUGCAGGCCAAGACCUCGACGACUUCUGGGGCCUAGACGUGUCUGACGGAAAGGCUACCACUGAGGAAGAAGCGAGCAAGCAAGGUGCUGUGGCCGCAGAGCUUGAAAAUCUUGUCGACUCUUUGGGUGAGAAAACUGACGCUGUUUAUGAAGAAAUUAGACAUGUUUUCGACAAGAUGAACAUAUUGUGA